GCGUAGUAAUGAUUUCGGUAGGGUGUAUAUGAAGAGACCAUAUCUUUCUGGAUGCUUCAGCGAUUCUGAGUAUAUUAAGGCCCCACUUGUCGUUGAUGAAGCGAAUCAUCAGUUCAAUAAUUUUCUGUAUCAUUGCAGUUGUCCUUUACCAUCGAGAGCGAAUCUUGAAAUAUACUGUCACACAAAUGUCUGUACGAGACCAAGCUUUUCCAGGAUUACCAGUUGUUCCUCCAAACGAUCCGUCACUGAUGAAGCCUCUAAAUGCAUCGAUUGCCCGUGGCAUUCGCCAGUCCAUCCUGGCGGUCUCCCAAUCGGAAGGCGUUGGCGCCCGAGUUCGAAGAUCGAUUGGAACUCCACGCCUUCGAAAUCUGUCACCGUUCCUGAUGCUCGACCACUUUUCGAUAUCGCCAGGGGCCGGAUUUCCAGACCAUCCCCAUAGAGGUCAAGAGACCAUUACUUAUCUCCUCCAAGGCGCUGUUGAUCAUGAGGACUUCACUGGCAGUAAAGGGACCAUCGAAACCGGUGACCUGCAGUUUAUGACUGCCGGAAAGGGGGUAGUACACGCUGAGAUGCCUAGGCAGAACGAGGAUGGAAGCCCCAAUGUGGGCCUGCAAUUGUGGGUGGACUUGCCCAAAAGCCUGAAAUACUGCGAACCGCGAUAUCGAGAUCUUCGUGCGAAAGAAAUACCCUCUGUAGAUCUAGACGAUGGCAAAGUCCACGUAAAGGUCAUCAGUGGUCAAUCUCACGGCGUCGAUAGCGUCAAGGACCUGGCCUAUACUCCUGUUUGGCUCCUCGACAUAGAGAUCAAGCCUGGGGGAAGGAUCGAGCAGCCUUUACCUGUCGGUUGGACUGCGUUCGCGUACAGUCUUGAGGGUACGGUUACAUUUGGCGAAGGUGACAAGGCUCAAACGGUUCCGCGGUAUCACAACACUGUCUUUGAGCAAGAAGGUGACAAGGUCGUCGCAUCAGUUGACGCAGGUGCAACUGAGAGUGCACGAUUCGUGCUGGUUGCUGGUCUACCACAUGAUCAAAAGAUUGUUCAGUAUGGUCCUUUUGUGCUGAAUUCUGAGGAAGAAGUUUAUCAAGCACUCAUGGACUAUCAAAUGCACCGGAAUGGCUUCGAGAGAGCGGCUAACUGGGAGAGUGAGAUAGGGAAGUCCAUGGCACACUAGAAUAACGGCAGUUGUCAAGUACGAGCGAAUUGAUAUGUAUAGUAGAGAGUUUUUGUACAACAUAUGAUGUCUGCACUUAGGAAGGAACAAAAUGCAACGUGAACACCCGGGUUAGAUAACAGAAAUUAGCUGAAAUUUAGGAUCCACGUACGGAAACUACAGUUCUUUUGCUUACCGCUCGUCGCACAAGCAUCGGAUCACUAGGGUCAGCGCAGAGCAAGCAGUGUAGCACGGCGAUGCAAGUCACCACAUGCAUAUAUGUCAC